AUGCUUCCCACCUCUCCCGGCUGGAGAACAACCUCACCACUAGAGCAUCUCAUUGCUCGAGCCUGCGAUGUGACUCUGCCGGAGCCAAAUUAUGCUGUCAAUCUGGAAGUGGCAGACUAUAUCAACAAGAAAAAGGCCAAUACACCACGAGAAGCAGCUACACUGAUUGCUCAUCUUGCCAACAACCGAAACCCACAUAUUGCCAUGCUUGCCCUCACCCUCUUAGACACACUAGUUCAGUCUUGUGGAUACCCUUUCCAUCUCCAGAUAUCUACCAAAGAAUUUCUCAACGAGCUCGUGCGACGAUUUCCCGAAAGACCCCCGCCCUUUCCCAAUGCAAUCAUGUCGCGUAUACUUGAGCUGAUCAACGGGUGGAAAGAAGGUAUUUGCGUCGAAUCAAGAUGGAAAGACGAUCUAGGAAAUAUUAGGGACAUGCACCGUCUCCUCAACUUCAAAGGGUACCGUUUCCGCGAUCUACCGCGUCGCCAUCAGCGGGAGAACCUUGAAUCGGCAUCGAAUAUCAAAUCAGCAGAAGAGCUGGAGAACGAAGAUCGUGAAGCACAAUCGGCUAAACUCCAAGAGCUCAUCCGUCGAGGCACUCCGCGCGAUCUUGCUGCAGCUCAGGAGCUUAUGAAAUCUCUUGCCGGUGCCAAUCUAGACGCAAAACCGGACUAUCGUGGCCAGGCUCUGACUGAACUUAACAAACUCGAGAGCAAAGUCAUCCUGCUUAAUGAGAUGCUUGACAAUGUGGAUGUCCAGAGAGGAGAAAAGUUUGUAGCCGGCGACGCGUAUGAUCAAGUAGCCACAAUUCUCAGUGGUGCCAGGCCCAAGCUGCAGAAGUGGAUAUCGGAUGCUGAGUCGCAUGAUUCUGAGGCUCUAGAUACUUUCCUCCAAAUCAACGACCAAAUAAACAGCGUCCUAAAUCGAUAUGAGGCAUUCCAGAAGGGCGACUACGCAACCGCAACAAAUCCAGUACCUGCGGAACUUUCUAAUGGUGGGGCAGCCGGCGGAUUGUCCUUAAUCGAUUUCGACGACGCGUCGGCAACUACACAGCCCUCCAAUGCCAGCCCUUCUGCCAACGAACUGGAGGGUUUGUUUGCUUCGUCGUCCGCUUCAGUGCCCCAGCCACAAAACCACGGGGUGCCUGCGGGGAUUGGCAUGAGUGGAAUAAGCAUGGGAAUGCCCAUGACAUAUGCUCCUUCUCCUAUCAUGGGUGGUAUGAACGUACCGAUUAACCCCAUUUUUGGAGGUAGUUCAACAUCCCCUCCUGCGAUCAUGCUUCCCUCCACUCCCGCCAAUUCAGGCUCUCCAAGGAUUACCUCCCCGUCGAUGACACCCUUGACUACUGUUGGAAGCGGCGGAAGAACAGGGUCUCCUGCUAUGGGUCAAUGGGGGACGGGGGCAGGUUUCGGGAACAUGAUCCAGACUCAGGUUCACGCUCAAAUACCUCAGCAACCAGCGUUUUACUCUACCCCGCAGCAACCGACACGACCACAACCACAACAGCAACAGAGGACUCAGCCCACACCAGCGGCACAGGCAUCAGGAAAGGACCCAUUUGCAGACCUUGCAGGAUUGUUCUAG